UUUACAUUAAGAUGAUCACUGCGUUUCAUCUGAAGUACCUGGCAGAACUCCAAGCACAGGAGGAAUUUCAUAUUACAGUAUUCAAGUAAACCAACGGGGACGAAAUGGGACAAAGUGACAUUUGAAUAGCUAACCUUUGUUUUGUGAGAUCCAAUUAAUAAAUCCCACUCAUCUCUCUUUAUCUAUGUCUGUUAAUAGGUCUAUAUCCAAACCAGGAUUAUGGUCUAGUUUGAUAUCAAUCCUUAUUGGGACCCUGGUAAUGUUUUCUCUCCCACUGAUCUAGACCAUCAACAAUCCCAUAAAUUCAUCAACUUAAAGGAUUCAAAUAGUGGGAGGACAGAAGAGUUUAGAAGGAAAGCAGAAAGGUUUAGAAUGGGUGCAGAAAGGUCUCACUAAGCUUUUGGUCUGGUCUACAGUGAUUUGCAGUAUUCUGACCCAAUAAAUAGUGGAUUUUAGUGGAAAAUGGUCUAGAGGGUAUGCAGAAAUGUUUAGAGGAUAUGCAGACAUGUCUAGAUUGUCUAGCAGAAAGACCUAAAACAUAAAUUCUAAUGUCUUUAUCGUCCUAGCAAAACCAUCCAACGACAGUUCGACAUAUCGAACACUCAGUAAGAAUAAGCUGACACAGCACCACCAAGCAACCACUCUAAAAGUAGCAUGAUCCGAACCGGUACACCGUGAACUGAAUGUCCAGUCUGGACUACCCAGUGUAGAGUCGACCCAGCACGUUUUAUGAAACAAAUGUAGCCUGGCAAGAUCGAUGAUAGUGACAAACUUCUCACCGUAUACAAAUUGCCUUGCAGUGUUUCUGCAGUGAAAACUGAAGUUGUUUAUAUCCAGUGAUCCUGACAUCCAUGCAGUAAUCUUCUAUGUUUAUAUCCGCGCGGUGAAGAAUGCGCAAACUGGAUAUAUCCCAGUAUAUACCUGUUAUAUCCCUUGUAUCUGGAUACACAAGGGUAAAGUUAAAAGAUGAUAUUGUAUCCUCGUUAUGUUCUGUGGUUCUAACUGCUCCUCUAUGCUUAGCUCUAUCCCUUACCCUGGGCUGCAGGCCUGAUAUCCUACUUCUCUCAACCGGUAUAUAUUCUCUGCUAUUAUGCCUGAUGUCCCCUUCUAUAAGUAUGACGGCCUGCCCAUCACUACCUCUCCUCCUCCUGUACACCUCCUCUCCCUCCUCCCUCCCAUCUGCCUCCCUAUCCCUCCUCAUCUCUUCAGGACUUCUUAUCCUCCUCGCAGUCUUAAAAAUAGGAGAUGUUUCUCGUUAUGUUUCCCCGACUGUUCUCACAGGACUAGGAUGCAGCAGUAUGUUUCUUAUAUCGAGCUAUUCAAGUAUUGGCAUGCUGGGCAUGCAACCAUCUCAACCUCCAGGUAAUGUACUGUCUGCUGUACAGUAUAUGUACACAAAUCAUCUUAAUAUACAAGCUUGUGAUGCAGCUUUAGGAUUCUCUGCGCUGGGUAUCCUCAUUGCUAUAAAGGCACUGCCUGGAGUAUAUAUAGGAGAGGGACCUGAUCUAACCACCAUCAAAUCUAGACUAGUUCGCAACAUUAAACUCAUUCUCUCAAUCUCAAGAUUCUUCAUCCUUCUCCUCAUCUCCAUCCUUCUCUCCUCCGCUCUUUCAAACACCUUCACCACCUUCCCCUCCUUCCCCCCUCCUCCCCCCUUCCAGUGCCCCUGGAGUGUGGAGGGGGUGGGAGGGGUUCUCCUGAAAUCUGUGCUCCUGGCUGUUCUAGCUGUGUCGAUAGACCAGGAGAACUUUUCUGACCUAGAACCUGGAGACUCUAACUUAUCCUCCAGGAUUCAAGCUAUCUCCAACCUUGUCUCCAGUUGUCUAGGUUCACCUCCAGUUUCCAGUAUACCAGCUCCAGUCCAUGCUUCUACUCCUUUAGUUCACCUUUUUUCAGGAAUAAUUCUGAUAACAGCUGGGCAAACUGUUCCCUUGUUAAUACAGUUUAUUCCAACAUCAGUUCUAUUCUCUUCUCUCAUCUCCUUCUCUAUCCUUCUACCAAACAUUAAUACACUGGUUACACUGGGUAGAUUUGAUAGACCGUUGUUCCUUGUCUGCUCCGGAACUGUGGUUGUAAGUCUCCUGGUUCACACCCUAGCAGGGGUUCUAGUAGGAGUAGGGUUGGAUCUAGUUCUCCUGGUUCACAGGUUUACUAGGACCAGGAUACAGGAUCAACAGCUCAGUAUGGGGGAACAGACUCUGAGGGUGCUAACCCCAGCAGGAGAUCUCUAUUCUCAUCACGUCCCGGAGCUAAGACGUGUCAUCCUUCAACCUUAUUCUCAUCCAGCUCAUCCAGCUCAUCCAGCCCAUUCAUCUGAUGAAGAUAACUACCAGAAAUCCAGAAAAUGGCGUACACAGGAUCAUCAAAUUCUUGAUGUUGAGGAGAUGCAUAUGAGUCUUGAACCUGAGAUAUCCAGGACCUGUUUAAACCUUGAGAAGGUUUACUACAUGGAUCCCCAGGUGGCCAGGUUUAUCAGGAUCUGCCAGAAUUAUUAUAGGCGUGAAGGAUCGAGUUUAGUGAUUGCAGGAGCAAGCAAAGCUAUUGAGCAACUUCUCAACGAUAUAUUACCAACUCAAAUCUGCACUUUCAUUGAUAACAUUCAACCAAUAAACACCUCUGAUACAGCUUCUGAUAUAGUUGCUAAUACAGCUUCUGAUAUAGUUGCUGAUACAGCUUCUCAUACAGUUCCUGCAGAUAAAGCUUCUGAUAUAGCUUCUGAUAAAGUUUCUGAUACAGAUUCUGAUAUAGUUGCUGAUACAUCUUCUCAUACAGUUCCUGCAGAUAGAACUUCUGAAACAGUUGCUGAUACAGCUUCUGUUAUAGCUUCUGAUACGGCUUCUAAUAUAGCGUCUGCAGAUAAAGCUACUGAAACAAUUUCUGAUUCAGUUGCUGAUACAGCUUAUGAUGCAGCUUCUGAAAAUGUUUCUGCAGAUAAAGCUUCUGAUACAGUUGCUGAUACAGCUUACGAGGCAGGUUAUGGAAAAUAUAAUUUAAAAAUUAGUUCUUCAGUGAUGCAAGGUGAUCGAGGGAAUUUAAGCUCUGAAAAUUCGCCAUUUUCUGAUUUGGAAUUGGAGAACUAUUUAUCUAAAUCUUUAAGAGUUAUCUCAAAACCUGCAAAUUCCAAAUCCUUGGAAAAUGAAGUUAUUGCAUUAGAAGUGAGUCCAAAGGAUAACAGUUCACAAUCGGUGGAAUACAUUUGCGAAUCAACUGAUUUGGAAUCAGCUGAAUUGAAAUUACAAAAGUUUUCAGAAUUGAAAUAAAAAAGUGCGAUUAUAGUGACACAUUAUUCGGAAUCUGCAACAUAUUGUUCGGAAUUGAUAACAAAUUGUUCGGAAUGAAUAACAAAUUGUUCAGAAAAAUAAAAAAUUGUUCGGAAUCAGUGAAAAACUAUGUCGAUUACGAAAGUAUGGAAUAUAUUUCAUACUCCUUAGUAUCAAUAAAUAACCAGCUAUAGCAACAAAUUUUCCUGAUCGACCAUCAUAAAUGUUGAUUUGUUGAUUAGAUUUCGAUUGAAACAAUUUUUUCUUUUUUUUUGUCCUAUAAAAUGUAAUUGGUGAAUAUAAUGGUGCUAAUAAAUCUAGUCAACUGAA